GUCAGCCACUAAUUGAUCUUCGGUGAGAUUACUACGGGUCUUCUUCAACGUCGCAGACGACGUCGAGGUCGACUUUUGUUUCUUUUCUUUUCGUUUCUUUGUUUACUUCUUUCGCCCCAUGGCUUUGACUGCGACGGCGCAAUCUGCUCUCCCAACAUGGGACGAUACGAUAGUGCCAACUCUGCGCAACAGACUAGAAAGCGAAAGCCGCAUUCUUGCUAAACGCCUAUCAGUGGCCUCUUUUUCUUCUACGGACGACACUCCCAGGUCAAACGCUCCUUCAUUUUCUGGCCAUACUCUGCGAGACCUGGCUCCCAGUUCACUUUAUUCUUUAGAACCUAAGAAAUCUAGUGCUAUACCCAGACCAAGCCUCCAACAAUCAAGAAGUCCUGCAGAAGCUUCCCGCAUAAACGGUACUUCCUCGCACAAUCCUCCCUAUACACGCGCUCGCACGGUUUCUCAACCAUACUUGUACGAUUCUUCUCCACCUAACGCCUACGCGAACGGACACGCUCUCCCAACCCCAGAUCAUUCUCGCCCUACUUCUCCCCGCACAUCCGACGUGAAACCUACCCGAAUACCGAUGGUCGCACGAGGAAGAACUACAAGCACUUCUAGUCAUGUUCCGAGUGUCGCACCGCGCGCAGAAAGCCGUAAUGGUGUUCUUCCCCACCAGACACCUACUCCUGAUACGUCUCCUGAUCUCUGGAUUACCGAUGAGACUGAUCCCACUUUGUCAAAUGCCACUAUUCGACAUCAACGAUCAAAUAUCAUGAACGAGCCUGCUCCAUUUGGUGCAAGUUCUCUCAGUUCUUCUAUUCUCUCCAAGCAGUCUCACCAUGACGCUAUCUUUGCGCCUCCGCGACCUUCUAACGAAUCAGAGGAGCGUCCAUUUGAACAUUGGUAUAGAGGAGACGUACAUAGAAACGGUGGCGUCGGGGAGUUGCGUGUUGGUAAACGCAUGGAGAUGUUGCGCAUCGCCAACUUCGGACAUGACAUGAAACCAACCACGCAUCGUUUUGCACCCCGGGACAUCUCUGCCGCUUUGGAGUACAGCCGUAGACGGAAGAGAGCUGAUAGUGCUUCGGGCCUAGGAGAAAGAGAGAGUUUAUAUAUGGAUGAACAGAGGGCAAAGGAGACGGAUAUGGUAUUGGACGAGGGCCCGCUCACGGACAUUGAGGGUGAUCCUGACACUGAACCGGAGGAUGCCUAUAACGCAUACACUGGCAAAGAUGACGUUACCAUUCAUCCUUCAUUCAGCGCGUCUACACCUGGUCCCAGAUCCUCUACGGAGAAUACUCGCAGUGAAGCACCCGCUACUAGUACCCAAUUACCACCCACUCGGAUACCCGUCGCACGUACAGCCUCGGAACCUCUCCGAGCCAACACCUCCAUUGAAACGACACGCAGUUCAGAAACACUAAUUCCUUCACCUCCUGAUUCUAUCACAAGUUCUCGCCGGCGGACAUAUUCAAGAUCACAAAGUCAAUCGCCUGAUAAUCCCUCGACUAACAAACGCCGCAUCAAAAGACCGGUGUCGCCUUCCCCGUCAACACCGAAGAAGUCCAAGUCGAAAGCGAAAACGCCACCUCCUGCUGCACAUCGGAAGGAUGAUACUCGCGGUUCGGUCGCAUCAUAUCCGACUCCCGAAGGAGAUGGUAUGGUUGACGCCAUACCCACGUGGACCCAACCAGUUCAGAAGUCGGGCACCUGGGACGAGGUGGUUCUACCGGUCGUGGCACGUAAGAAAGGUCUGGAUGGUCAGUACGAGCAAGCGGAUGGUAGCCCUCGUCCCAGACCUCCGGAUCCCGUUGCUCCGGCGCCUGGCACUUUUGGUUACGAUUACUCCAAGUAUCGUGCGCCUCGGGGAGAGGAGAUACCUAUGGAUGAAUUCGGCAAGCUACCGAGUGCGAUUGAGGUGGCAUCAGCACCUGCACCUGAAAGUGCCGCUCCAACACUAGCACCCCUUACCGAAGAACCAGAACGACCCAUCCGUCCGGAUCGUCGGAAGGGGGCAGGGCGUCCUCCUGAAUCUCCCGCACCGUUCUCGCAAUACCGGCGCACAGAUAUCCCGACCAUCAACGUUACGCGACCAUCCACUGAUCUCGAACCAGCACAGCAACUCCCUCACGAUGAGGAAGACAGCGCAGGGUGCUGCAAGUGCAUUGUUAUGUGAUUACGACGAUUCCGAUUCUCGAAGCAUUUGCUCGUUCCCUUCAUCUUGUCCCAUGUUUUCGUCUCCCUCUUUCUCAUCAACACUUGUACAUAUGUCAUCUUCAUUCCUCUCUUAUCCGCGUCGUUCUGAUUUCAUUGCAUAUUGGGUGUUCCUACGUUUUUUCCUCUCCGCAUACCUUAGCACUCAAGACAACUGGAAUGUCAUGCCUCUCGUUCACUUUCCGCUUCGUCUCGUCGUCUACUCAUAUCAUCGCAGCCCUAUCGCAGAACACAUCCGUCACUCUUCUUAUGCCGCUCGUUUUACCUUGUGUACUAUGGAUCAUGGCCACUAUUCAUCCUCAAACUAUUCUAGUGCUCCAGUAUUCUGAGGUAGUUGAUUCGAUUAUUACAUAUACAUCAUCAGUGAUAUUGUCGUCA